GCGGUGGCCGAGUUCAUCGCCGAGAGCCCGCGGCUGCUGCGCCUGGACCUGCGGGAGAACGAGGUGAAGACGGGCGGGAUGAUGGCGCUGUCACUGGCCCUGCGCGUCAACCGCUCGCUGCUGCGCCUCGACCUCGACCGCCAGCCCAAGAAAGAGGCGGUCAAGAGCUUUUUGGAGACGCAGAAGGCGCUGCUGGCCGAGAUCCAGAACGGCUGCAAACGCAAUUUCAUCCUGGCCAAGGAGAAGGAGGAGAAGGAGCAGCAGCUGCGGCUCUCGGCCUCGAUGCCGGAGAUUUCGGGGACGGAGCCUCCGGAAUCCGAUCCCGACGAUCCCAACGUGGAUCCCGACGUCGAUCCCGAUCCCGAGAGCGCUUCCCGCGCUCCGGAGGAAAACGGGAACGCGGCUCCGGCCGGAGAUUCCAGCUCGGACACGGACGAGGAGGAGGAGGAGGAGGAGGAGGAGGGGAAGGACUCGAGGGAGGCUCCGGAGAGGCCUCGGGAUGAGCGGAUCCCGCCGGGAACGGCCGGGGAAUCCGGGAAUUCUGGGAAUGCCGGGAAUUCYGGGAAUGCCGAGCGCAGGAUUUCCGUCUCCAGCCCCGGCAGAGGCCACAAGAUCUUCGUGGUGACGCGCGUGGAAAACGUUCCCGAUAAAUCUGAGGCCGUUCCCGAUAAAUCCGGGGCC